AGAACACCUCGCGUGCUCAUGGGGCAAGGUGUCUCCAGCACACAUCUGAGGCGGAGAGAAAGGCACCAUGCGAUAUCUCAGCAUCGGAGCUAUCUCUCGUGCCGGUUUUAUGUGAAUUGAGGGCUGGAUGUUAUCGCAUCGGGCCAUCGGAAGGGAGGCCGGGACAACCCAAGAUGAAGUAUUUACUUCAAGCAAUUCAGGCUCAGCGGGCAAGAAUUGCCUUGUCCGACAACGAACUUCGCCAGCUCAUCACAGAUGUCCAACGGGGCAGAGAUAGUCGGGAAGAAUUUCUCGAAUCGAUCGAGCGCGUAUUGUCCGAGCUUCGCGGCUAUACGGAGCACAGCGCCGCAUUCCUCGCCAAAGUAUCCAAGCGAGAUGCGCCCGAUUAUUACGAUGUCAUCAAACACCCGAUGGACUUGGGGACGAUGCAAAAGAAGAUCAAAGUCGGAGGCUAUAAGAACAAGAGGCAAUUCGCUCACGAUCUUGAUCUCAUCUGGGACAACUGUCUCGUUUAUAAUAGCGAUCCGAGCCAUCCACUACGGCGCAAUGUUCACUUCAUGCGCAAGAAAGCCAACCACUUGCUCAAUUAUGUGCACGACAAAAAUGACGUCAAUGAUGCCCUACGAGAGUGGGAGGUCGUGCAACGUUCCUGGGUUGGGACUGAUAAUGCGCCAGCAGGCGCAAACAACGCAGGUGUCCUCGUGCCCAACGAGGCCACGCUUGACAUUCGUUCCUCGGUUCCAAGCGCGGACAUACCCUUCGAGCAACGUCCAGCGUUGCUGCGAGAUCCGUACGGGAUGGCAUCAUUCACUGCUCUUGACAAGUCUCUCGCUGCUUUUGAGCGAGAGACAUUAGGCACAUGGCCGGACGAGCGACCACAUCACGGGUGUGGAGAUGCAUGGAACAUGUUCCAGGAGCAACAGGCAGUAGCAGGGCCUUCCAGGCUACCGAUACCUGACCCGCGACCCCUUUCUAGUCCCCUGAAUGGGCCUCUCGAGGAAGAGUCAAUACGGACGACGCUCAAAGCAUUGCGCAUGCAAGGUCCCUUCCACAUGGCCUUGACAACGGCCACAGUCGAGCAGCCAGAGGGAGAUCAGGACGGGGGAUUCACACCCAAUGAUCAGGAUUCCGGUCCGCCUGAACCGAGCUCGAGCUCAUCGGGCUCUUCAAGCCCUGGUCUGACACCCGCAAAACUCAACGGGAAGCCUCAUGGGAUGGGGAAAAGAACGAGUCAUGCUGGCUCAGCUGCAAAGAGCACAGCGAGCAUCAAAGGAAAGGAGAAAGAGACCUUUGACAGCACUGUGAUUAUACCCUCGCCAUUCGACACAAUCGAUCAGCAGAGCAGUCUCGCUCGCUCCGGGCGCAAGGCCAACAUAGGACCGGGAACACGUGUCAGUGGCGUGAGCGCCGAUGCAAGCCGGGUCGAUCCCCAAGGCUUGGUAGGAUCAUGGUGGGACAGCAUCGUGUCUAAUGAUCUGAUCGCAAACGGUGUUCCGGCCUUGCCGCGCUCAACGAUCCUCACGCCUGCCGAGCACCAGGCACGCGUGGACCAGCUGCGAAGGCGUCAGAAUGUCCUGAAGCGGAAAUUGGCUCCACCAUCGGGACAGGGAGAGGAAGAAUUGGCGGUCAAUGAUCCGCGUCGACUGAAGAGGAUUAGAAACAGGGUUCCGGAAAGCAUCAAGAGCUUACAAAAGCUUAGAAGGACGCAUAUGAAGCUUGGUUUACUGGCGCAUGCAAACGCUAAUAAUGAAGACGUGCCAGAGUGGUUGCUGGCAGAUUCUGCUUCAGAGGAGGAAAGCGACGAAGAAGACGACCUCGAGUCGAGAGCGCCACUGCGCCAAGAUGCCGCUGCUGAUGUAUUCAGUAACUCAGGGGCGAAUCCUUGCGUACGCAUCAGUCCGCAUGCCGCGAGGGAGCGUCUCUUACAUGUGACACGCUUGCUCAUGGCGCAUCACGGCUUACAAGGCAGCACCAAGGCGCCGAUGGAAGCGCUCGCGAGCAUGGGCAUGAACGCCAUCUCCAACCUAGGUAGGGCCCUACGCAACUACAGCGAUCGUUACGCGCAUAAAAUGUCGUCGGAGGACAUGGUCAAGCAUGUGCUUCGAGAGGUGACGAACACAGAUGUACCCGGGCUGGAAGGGCACAUACGACAUAGUGUGGAACGCCACUGUGGGCGCGUGCUCGAUUUGCUCAGGAAGGUCAAAGUCGCUUACGAUGCCCAGUUGCAGCAAACCACCGAGCGAAAUGCUGUGCAACACGAGGCGAUGUUCGAUGACGGUGCCGAAGCUCUCAUGGCGGGCAAUUUUGCGGACGAGAUAGGCGAUGACUUUUUUGGCUUCAAAGAGCUUGGCUUGGACCAGGAAUUCGGCAUUGGCGGGUUGUCCGUACCUGCAAGGCUCUUCCACGGGCGAGGACGCGCGGGAGGUGCGAAUAGCGGACCGGCAGGUCUCGGCAUCAAUGGUACUGGAACAGGAAAGAAUGCAGCGGAUCUUCUUCCCUAUGUCCCACCGGAGCCCUUCGUCUUACUUGACAGCCAGGGAGUCUCUGCGCAGAUCGGGUUGCUACAGCCCUUCUUCCGAGAACGCCUGCGUGAGCACAAGCGCAUCAAGAGCCGCGCGAAGGAAGAAGUUACACAGGCGGAGAUGGAUCAUCUGCUAGAUGACGAGGAGAUGAUCGUGGGGCCUGAGAGCAGGCUCAAGAAUCUGAAGGUGCCGCCGACGGGCAAGUUGCCAAAGCGUCGCAUGUGGGUGCCCAGGAGUCGUGGCGUCGCCAGCGGGCUAAGCUUGGCUAAGACGGCUGCAGGGCAGACAAAAGGAUAGAUAGAGGAUUUUCAAUACGUUUACAAGGUGCUGAACGCAAGUAUCAACCUGUACUGUCUUAUGACUGGGUGCGAUGAGACGAUGUUGC